AUGAUGGCGGCGAUUUCAGACUCUGUGCUCAUAGAAGUGUGUGUUGACUCGGUGCAAUCAGCCGUCGCGGCUGUACAAGGAGGCGCAGACAGGCUAGAGAUAUGCGGCAACUUAGGGCUCGGCGGUGGUACAACGCCCAGCAUAGGUCUUUUUAGAUCCAUACAACGCGCAGUUCCGAACGCGUCCUUAAUGGUUAUGAUCAGACCACGCGUUGGGGAUUUUUUCUAUAGCAAAGAGGAUGUUGGGGUCAUGCUGGAGGACAUUCGAAUGUUCAAGAAUUUUGGGCAUGUGCGAGGCUUUGUCGUAGGAGCUUUGACUAAAGAUGGACGCGUCGAUGUCGAGCGCAUGAGAUUGUUUGUGGAUGAAAUUUUGCCCUUGGAAGUUUGUUUUCAUCGGGCGUUUGAUAUGACCCGAGACCCAUUACAAGCCUUGUCUGAUAUCAUCGACAUUGGCGGAGUGGCCCGAAUAUUGACGAGUGGUCAUCAGCCGAAGGCUCCCGACGGAGUAAAUACGUUAGAGAAGCUUUUUGCCAGGCGCAAGGAAAUUGUAGGAGAUGCUGUAUGGGGCUUGACAAUCAUGCCGGGUUCAGGCAUCAACGAAAAUACCCUCCCAGUUUUGAUGAGCCAACUGCUGCCAUUAGGUCUCAGGGAGGUACAUCUCAGUGGAGGGAAAUGGAUUCCAGGAGAUAUGUCCUUCAAACGCGCGGGCAUGGCGAUGGGUGUUGACCAAGAAACAGAAUGGAAAAUCUGGCGUACUCAGAAAGACGAAAUCAGAAAAGUCAGGGAGGUGGCGAGAAAUAUGUGGCUCCAGUAUAGUUCAAGCAAGAGUCCUGUUACGUAG